UUUGCACAACAUUUGGCAAGAUGUGCUUUUAGAGCAAAGAACAUUCCUCCCAACUGUUGUUUUUGGGCUUUGCCUUGAUAAACCUGAAAUGUAAGUUAAAGUGAAUGAAAAGGAUGUAUUACAGGUUGCCAGACCUGAUUUCACUACUGGGGCAUGACUAGGCAGGGACAUUAUUUCUUUGCAACUAUAGAUGGCAGCAUUGACUCGCUGAGAAUUUCUGCAAGGAAGGAUGACAAUUGAAAUUUCACCAUACUGCCUGUGUCAGGUGGCCAGAGGGAAAUAGUUGUACUAGUAGCUGUAGGCACAGACUGACACCAUAUGGGCCAGAAGAUGAGCACUGAGCCUUUGAGUCGCUCUGAGGUGUUCGGACAGCUCAGGAGGGAGCUCUAUGGAGAGGAGCAGUCCAGUCAUUCCAACACACACGCAUUCAUAAUCUUGGGAGCCUCUGGGGAUCUUGCAAAAAAGAAGAUAUAUCCAACGUUGUGGUGGUUAUUCAGAGAUGGCCUGCUCCCAGAUAACACUUACUUUGUGGGAUUUGCUCGGUCUGACCUGACCGUGGAGGACAUCAAGACAGCAUGUCUGCCUCAUAUGAAGGUCGCUGAUGAAGAGAAUGAGAGUCUCUCAACCUUCUUCAAGAGGAACUCCUACAUCAGAGGCAGGUAUGAUGACGACGGCUCUUUCGCUCAACUCAACGCUCAUCUGUCGUCUCUGCCUGGAGGAGCGGACGCUAACAGACUCUUCUACCUGGCACUUCCACCCACCGUCUACCACCCAGUCAGCACAAACAUCAGAGCCAAGUGCAUGAGCAGCAACAGAGGGUGGAACAGGAUAAUUGUUGAGAAACCCUUCGGCCGAGACCUCCAGAGCUCACAGGAGCUGUCAGCCCACCUGUCCACCCUGUUCACAGAGGAGCAGAUCUACCGCAUAGACCACUACCUGGGCAAAGAGAUGGUCCAGAACCUCAUGGUGCUCCGGUUUGGAAAUCGCAUCUUUGGACCCAUCUGGAACAGGAACAGUGUGGCUUGUGUGGUCCUUACCUUUAAGGAGCCUUUUGGCACUCAGGGCCGUGGAGGAUACUUUGAUGAGUUUGGUAUCAUUCGAGAUGUCAUGCAGAACCAUCUCCUCCAGAUGCUCUGUUUGGUCGCCAUGGAGAAACCUGCCUCCACCAGCCCAGCUGACGUGAGGGAUGAGAAGGUGAAGGUGCUGAAGUGUAUCGCGCCUGUUGCUGCAUCGGAUGUGGUGCUCGGCCAGUAUGUGGGUGACCCCGAGGGGGAGGGGCACUCCAAGCUGGGUUACCUUGAUGACCCCACGGUACCAGAGGGCUCCUGCACACCAACGUUUGCCACCGCAGUGCUCUAUGUCCAGAAUGAAAGAUGGGACGGAGUCCCUUUUAUUCUUCGCUGUGGUAAAGCUUUGAAUGAGCAGAAGGCAGAAGUGCGUCUGCAGUUCACCGACGUGCCUGGAGACAUCUUUGGCAAAAGCUGCCAGAGGAAUGAGCUGGUGGUGCGGGUGCAGCCGAACGAAGCCAUUUACCUGAAGAUGAUGACCAAGAGGCCGGGAGUGUUCUUCAGCCCGGAGGAGACUGAGCUGGACCUCACCUACAAGAGCAGAUACAAGGACGUGAAGCUGCCUGAUGCUUAUGAGAGGCUGAUACUGGAUGUCUUCUGUGGAAAUCAGAUGCAUUUUGUCCGCAGUGACGAGCUGCAGGAGGCCUGGAGGAUCUUCACCCCCUUGCUCCACCAAGUAGAGGCGGAGAAGACACACCCCAUCCCUUACAGAUAUGGAAGUCGCGGUCCAAACGAGUCGGAUGAUCUCGUGAAGAGGGCGGGAUUCCGCUAUGAGGGAACAUACAAGUGGGUGCAGCCCCACUCGACAUGAUGCCCCCCGUCACACACAUGCACACACACAACACUGUAGGAAAGUUUAAAAUAAAGUUUACUGCAAUCUUUCACUGCUGUACUAUUGUUUGAUUUUGUCUGCAUGAAAAAAAAAAAAAAUCACACUGCUUUUUUUAUUCCGAAUCACACAGGACAAAAAUAACUGUAGUAGCCUGAUUUGAGUGUUCACCUGUACAUUUCUCAAUAAAUCAUCACUCACUCGGC